CAAAUCAUACGUGCACGUACACACCCACCCACACGUAUAAUCUUGUGUAGCUCAUGUGUGAGUGAGUGAAUGCAAGGCGCGAGAAAGCGACUAACGACGACGUCGAACAGAGCGCUGAGCAGCAACUUGUGUCAAAACGUACUCGUGUCAGCAGCCAAGGAGACAUGGAAUCGUUGCCGGAGACUUACGAAAGCGUGCUUCUGGUGAAGCAGGAAGUGUUCGUCUUUAAAAUACCACCAAUGUCGACCAACAGGGGUUAUCGAGCUGCAGACUGGAACUUGCAAGAACCUUCAUGGACGGGACGUAUGAGGGUAGUGGCAAAAGGUGAUGCAGUUUGUAUAAAACUAGAGGACAAGAUCAGUGGUGCACUCUUUGCCAAAUGUCCUAUCGAGGCAUACCCUGGUAUUGCUGUGGAAGCUGUGACAGAUUCCUCUCGUUACUUUGUCUUAAGAAUUCAAGAUGAUGAUGGCAGGUCUGCCUUCAUUGGUGUAGGUUUCCUCGACAGAUCAGACAGUUUUGAUUUGAAUGUUGCACUUCAAGAUCACUUCAAGUGGUUGAAAAACAGAGAUCAAAUUGAAAAGGAGAAAGAGGCACCUAAGGAACAAAUGGAUUUUAGGUUUAAGGAAGGAGAAACUAUCAAAAUUAACAUGAAAAUUACUAAAAAAGAUGGCAGUGAAGUAUCUUCCAAAGCAAAACAACGACCAAGUACAGGAAUAGGACUUCCGCCACCUCCUGGGAGUGUGAAAAUAGCUCCACCACCUGCAAGAACACCAACUCAGUCUCCAGCGCACAAACCACAAAAUAAUUCUAGUGCAGCACCUGGUGAAUGGGGUGAAUUUGCCAGCGCCUCUCAACAGCAGAAUACAGGAGCAUCAGCUCCAGCGCCAGCACCUGCGCCAGCUUCAAAUGCUAGCUGGGUACAAUUCUAAUAAAUGUUCUGAUUCCAAUGGAAUUGCGCAUAGCUGCACCAUAGGUUCUUGAUUUAUGUAUGUAUAAUUUAUAUAUAAAUAUAUAUAUAUAUUUGAAAUAGCAAUGUUAUGCACACAUAUGUGCAAAUACUGCUUGUAAGCGUUUUAAAAUAAGUAUGGUAUUGUUGAAAAGGAUGGAAAUGUGGAUGCAUGGUCUUGAGAUUGUCCAUAUAUUUAAGAUUAAAAAUGUUUCGCUUUGAGAUGAUUCAGAUAAAAAAAAGAGGAAUAAUUCAUGAUUUUGCAUUUAAGUGGCAAACUCUUUGUUCUCCAUUUUACAUAGAUUUCCCAGCUUUCCUUUUCAUUCAUACUGGAUUUCUAAUUGCAGUAUUAGCUUCACUUCUAUUUUUUGUAUGACAUUCACCCUUCCAUUUUCUGAACUUAAGUCGCGUGUAAGGCCUCAAUUGAUGCCAGAAUAUAUAUCUUCAAGUUUGUACAUAUUAUUGUAAUUGAGAGUAAACAAAAAAAUAUCUAUCAAAUAAUCAAUAGGCCUACGUAGAAACAAAAAAGAAAAAAGAAAAAAGAAAAAAGAAAAAUAAAUAUUAAAACGCGCGUUGAAAAUAAUGUAAACAAAAGGAAAAUGAGAGCAUUAUUAUCGUGGCGAGGCGAGAUGACUAUGUUGUAUGCUGGUUCGAAAAAAAUGACAAAAAAAUAUUACAAAUAAAUGAUUCCGUGAUCAUUAUUCAGUAUAGCACACUGAAUAAACGUGUUAAAGCAAAUCAAGAUGUUGUUACGUCGAUCAUCACUGUUGUAACUAGUAUGAAUAGGCUAAGAAUAUUCCAAAUGUGCAGAAAAUUAUGAAUGCCCUCGAUAUAUAUUUUCUUCAAAUAUAGAAUAGAUCUAAUGA